GAAAUGGCAGAAGAGGCUCCAGCUCCCGCUCCACCAGCAAAAGCUCCUAAGAAAAAGGCGGCGUCCAGGCCCAAAAAAACUGGACCCAGUGUUGGGGAGCUCAUCGUAAAAUCAGUGUCUGCGUCUAAGGAAAGAAGCGGAGUAUCUCUCGCUGCUUUGAAGAAGGCUCUGGCUGCUGGUGGCUACGAUGUGGAAAAGAACAACUCCCGCGUUAAAAUAGCCGUCAAAAGCCUGGUCGCUAAAGGCACUCUUGUUCAGACUAAAGGAACUGGGGCCUCCGGAUCUUUCAAGUUGAAUAAGAAAAAUACUGAAGUGACUAAAAAGAAGCCCGCAAAGAAAGCAGCGCCGAAAGCAAAGAAGCCCGCAGCUAAGAAACCAGCUGCCGCCAAGAAGCCCAAGAAGGCAGCGGCAAAGAAGCCAGUUGCGGCUAAGAAAUCUCCUAAGAAGGUCAAAAAGCCGGCUGCCGCCGCUAAAAAGGCUACCAAGAGCCCCAAAAAGGCCAAGAAGCCCGCAGCAGCAAAGAAGGCAACCAAGAGUCCAAAGAAAGCCAAAGCAGCAAAGCCUAAGGCCGCCAAACCUAAGGCACCCAAGGCAAAGAAGGCAGCGCCCAAGAAGAAGUAA